AUGGAAACGUACCACGGCUAUGUGCGGACACCCACCGAUGCCAUCCGACUGUUUGAAGCCUGCCGAUUAGGCGUCUUGCCUCGUGUGCAACGACGGCUCUCGGAGAAGGAAAGGCAAUCUAUUCGAUCUGGCUCUGUUUUUGUGUGGGAUGAGAGGGAAGCGGGCAUGAGGAGAUGGACUGAUGGCAAGUCAUGGAGUGCGAGCCGUGUGUCGGGAAGUUUCCUGACUUAUCGCGAAAUGGAGGGCAAGAGAGGUGGUGGUUUCAACACCAACCGACGAGGCGGCGGCAAGACUCCAGACUCUGGACGUGGUAGCGACGAGGACCUAGACGAUGCAGAGCCUGAGGGAUACCGAUAUAAGGCAGACGGCCUUAUGAAGCAGUCUUUCAGCAUCACCACUUCCAACGGCCAACAUCUUCACCUUAUCUCAUACUAUUCUCGACCCCAGCACGGUCAGCCUGAACUCCAGCAACCGACAAACGAUCCCAGCCUGCGAAAUAUCGUACCUGUCAAGGGCAUGUAUCCGGAGUCGAGUAUGGGAGAGGCCAACACAACACCUGCUCUCACUCGUGCACCUAUGCAGCAGCCUUACAUGGUUGCCCCGCCAGGGCAACAACCUUAUGCUCCCUACGGCCAACAUGGCUAUGGCUGGCCUCCUUCUCCUGUCGCUACUCCUCCCUAUAGCCACUACAUUGCUCCCUAUCCUUCUAAUGGACCCCAACUGCUCCCACCUCACGCCAACCACGCGAGUCUCCCUCACCCGCACUACAAUCAGGCUCCCAUGUAUGAGCAGCGCACCCAUCUUCCACCUCUGCCCAACAAACCAUCCUACGCGCAAACGUCUCCCCACUACUCACAUCCUACUCUUCCCAGAGCUCACGAGUCUCCUCGUGAGCAUCAUCUUCAGGCUGCCGCCCAGAGUGCCAUGAUCAACGGCUCCUCUCGCACUCACCAGGUGGCACUCCCAAGUCUUGGCGCUGUUACCAACGGUCCUCCAGGGUCCUCUCUUGCGGCAAUCAGCACACCUCCUAGCCGAACCAUGAGCGUCAGCCCUCCUCGAAGCUCCCACUCCGAAGCUCCUGUAUCUACGUCCAACAAGGCCAGCCUCUCGGCGCUUCUGCACCCCACUCCCACUCCUGCUGCUAGUGAAAGUGGUAGUGCCAAGCCUGGUAGCGCCAGCAGCAGCCCUAGAGUGUCUGGUGCUUGUGGCUUGGAGAAGGGCGGUGUCAGUGAGGAUGCGAGAGCCUUGAGAAUGUUGGACCGCAAGUUUUGCAUCUAG